GAUUCAGUUUUCACAAAGCGGGUUUUCCGAGCCGUGGAUCUGGCGACCGGGGGUUUGCCUCCUCUCGUCUCUCUCAUCUUUCUACCGCCGCCACGGUUUGCUGACUGCUGCGCCUCGUCAAUCGUCAUCGCCGCCGGCGGGAAACCAGAACCUAGUACGCCUCCGCAAAAGUCACCAAGGCUUUUGUCGUCGAGAGGCGUCGUCCCCCUCCUUGUCAUCUUCUUCUUCCCUGUGUGCUGGGCUAGCGCGGAGCGCAGAUCCGCCCGGAUUCGGAUCGGUUUCUUCUCUUUUCGAUUUUAGCUGCUUUGGGUCCCGUUCUCUCGCUGUAACUCAAACUUGUAUUUUCCAUUCCUAUAUAAGGGAGAGCUUCCCAGUGAGAGCUGUUGCCCUGCACGAGUAGCAGAUGGCGAGGAUAAAGCCGAAGCAGCUGUUGAUUCAAAGCAAGACGAAGAAGGGUCCGACUCGAAUCAGUUACUCUACUAUCAUCACCUGGAACCUUAUCGUCGUCUUGGUUGUGCUAUCUCUCUAUGCCACUUACAGGCAUUGGCAUUACAGGUCGGCACAAGACAUUGAAAGGGAUCUUCUUCAUGCUGAGCAUGUUGAAAGAUCUGAGGAUCCAAAAACGUCAAGUAGACCAAGCUAUGCGGUAAUGAACACUGCCAAAGGUCCAAUUACUAUUGAAAUAUACAAAGAUGCUUCUGCUGAUGCUGUGGAUAGAUUUAUCAACUUGUGCAAGAGCAAUUAUUUUAAAGGAAUGCCAUUUCGUCAUGUCAUAAAAAACUUUGUAAUUCAAGGAGGCGAUUUCAAUUUUGAUGGAGCUGCCCAAGAAUGGAUACUGAAAGCCAAAGCCAGCGGGAAGAAUGAUCUCAGUCCAAAGCAUGAGGCAUUUAUGAUUGGCACUGCAAAGAAUCCUAAUAAUAAAGGGUUUGAUUUAUUUAUCACGACUGCUCCAAUUCCUGAUUUGAAUGACAAGCUUGUUGUAUUUGGACGAGUUAUCAAGGGAGAAGACAUUGUUCAGGAGAUUGAGGAAGUCGACACUGAUGAGCAUUAUGAGCCAAAGACCCCUAUAGGCAUCCUUAAUAUCAUGCUAAAACAGGAGCCUUGAGCUGCUCCUUUCUGUCAUGUACAUGAAAACCUUAAACCACCUGUCUUACAGUCUGUAGUAUGAAAAGGUCCAUACAUCUCAUGGAGUUGCUGUUUGUAUCGACGACAUGGGGACGCGAUCCUUCCUCUGGACGCCCACGAGUUGCAGAGUAGGCACUUGCGACAGAUUGUUCAUGCAGUAUUGUGUAUAAAAUAUUCACGCUUGCGGUUUUCAGCUGCCGACUUUUGCGAGCACAAUUAUUGUGCAGCUACACCCCCAUCAUGAUCGUGUAUCUGUGGAUCUGUGCUGUUCAAGGACUUCAAUACUCUGCUUAGAACAGUUUCAAUCUUGUACUGUGCU